CACCGCACCACCGCGCUCCCGCUGCAGCCGGAACUUUUCCUGGCCGGCGAGCCGCCAAUGGCGCGGUGACACGGCGGACGGGGCGCCGGUGCGCGGCCCGGUGUACGGCGGCGACACGCGCGGGCCUGUGCUGGCCACGCGGCCCGCGACUAAACAAGGAUUUUCUCCUAGCUAUUGCGACUCCGACCUGGACUCCAGAGCUAGCGAAAAAGGCAGCGGGAAUCCAACGGACCCUCGAGCCGUCGCGCGACCGCAAGUACGCGCGCGUGAAUCGUGCCUCCGGCCGUCCUCUCACGGCGCUUAUUAAUAGGGGCCACGAGCCAGGGUGGAGCAGCAGCCAGUAGCUCCCUGCACUCAGCGCCCAAGAGUGCAAGUGGAACCAAAGACACACACGGCCAGCUAGCUCGGCACCCAGUCGCCGGCCGCUUCGCCACUUCAGGCCAGAGCUGAUGUAUUUCUUGUGAGAAACAUUUCACCGUUGGAGCACGUCGCCACAUCUGAGGGACUGGCUGACACGCCCUGCCCCCGUUCGCCUUUCCAUGUGACAGCUGCUGAUCGGUUUCCGUAUAAGUAGGGGCGAGCUGCCGCUUCUCCUUGUGCUCUCAUCCCUCCUCUCACGCACAGUCCUCUGCGCGAGCACGUAUACCCUGAACGAGCGAGCCAUCAGUCAGUCUCAGGCAAGCAUCAUACCUCUGUGUAUGGAGGAGGGCGCGGCGGCGAGCAUGGCCGUGGGGGAGAAGCGGGUGGCCGUCGACGUUCCCGCAGACGCUGCCGCGGCGGCGAACGGGCACGGCCCGGAGGAGAAGGCCGUGGAGGAGCUGCCGGCGCCGUCUGCAUUGUCCGGCUGGCCCAGGACGACAGGGAUGUACCUCUUCGUCAUGAACAUCAGGAGCGUCUUCAAGCUCGACGAGCUCGGGUCAGAGGUGCUGCGCAUUGCGGUGCCGGCGUCGCUUGCCUUGGCCGCCGAUCCCCUCGCCUCCUUGGUGGACACAGCAUUCAUCGGCCGUCUAGGUUCGGUGGAGAUAGCAGCUGUUGGUGUUUCUAUUGCCAUAUUUAACCAAGUCUCCAAAGUCUGCAUCUACCCGCUCGUUAGCGUAACAACAUCAUUCGUCGCUGAAGAAGAUGCCAUCAUUAGCAAAUACCUAGAAGAAAAUAACAGCAAGGACCUUGAGAAAGCCGCUCAUGUGCAUUCAGAUGCUUGCAAUGUGCCCGCAUCUGGUGGUGAGACGCCGGUGUGCGCUAAUUCUUGUAUACCCACAGAGUGUGCUGAUCUCUCCAAUCAAGGGUGCAAGAGAAGGUACAUACCUUCUGUGACAUCGGCUCUAAUUGUUGGCUCAUUUCUCGGGCUAGUCCAGGCCGUGUUCCUCAUCUUUUCGGCGAAAGUUGUGUUGGGCAUCAUGGGUGUGAAACAUGACUCACCAAUGCUAGAACCUGCGGUUCGAUACCUAACGAUCAGAUCACUUGGCGCUCCCGCUGUUCUCCUGUCUCUGGCAAUGCAGGGUGUUUUCCGAGGCUUCAAAGACACAAAGACACCGUUGUAUGCUACCGUGGUUGGAGAUGCAACAAAUAUCAUCCUAGACCCAAUUUUGAUGUUUGUUUGCCACAUGGGUGUCACUGGUGCAGCAGUUGCUCAUGUCAUUUCCCAGUACCUGAUAACCAUGAUCUUGAUAUGUCGGCUCGUCCAGCAAGUUGAUGUUAUCCCACCGAGCCUUAAAUCCCUGAAAUUUGGGCGGUUUCUUGGGUGUGGAUUCCUGCUGCUCGCGAGGGUGGUAGCGGUGACAUUCUGCGUCACUCUGGCGUCGUCGCUGGCAGCCCGCGACGGACCAACCAUCAUGGCGGCCUUCCAGAUCUGCUGCCAGCUCUGGCUCGCGACGUCGCUUCUCGCCGAUGGGUUGGCCGUUGCUGGACAGGCAGUGCUCGCAAGCGCGUUCGCCAAGAACGAUACCAAGAAGGUGAUUGCCGCGACCUCUCGUGUUCUGCAGCUGAGCAUUGUUCUGGGGAUGGGCCUCACGGUGGUGCUUGGUCUCUUCAUGAAGUUCGGCGCCGGCGUUUUCACAAAGGACGCCGCUGUGAUCGACGUCAUCCACAAAGGCAUCCCGUUCGUCGCCGGCACGCAGACGAUAAACGCCCUGGCGUUCGUGUUCGACGGCAUCAACUUCGGAGCACAAGACUACACCUACUCUGCAUACUCCAUGGUUGGGGUGGCGUCCAUAUCCAUACCGUGCCUGGUGUACCUCUCUGCGCACAAGGGAUUCAUCGGCAUAUGGGUCGCAUUGACCAUCUACAUGAGCCUCAGGACCGUAGCCAGCACCUGGAGGAUGGGGGCAGCGAGAGGGCCAUGGGCUUUCCUCCGGAAGUGAUGGAUCGGCUCCCGAGAUUGAUGGCGGCUUGUCUACAGUGCAGGGCUGGUAGAUAGCCAUAUGCAUACGCUCGUUCCAUGUAAUUAGAAUAAGUGUAGUACUGUGUUGCUGUUUUAAGCUUGGCGUAUUGGAGUUAGAUGGGGCUUAUUGCUUUGCUUCGCGGCCGUCUGCCUUUUGUUGGGGGAGAGAGAGGCUACUCUGAUCUUGUGAUUCAUGUCCUUGUUCUGUGCCGGAGAUGGCGAUUUAAUUGGACCAGUGCUCUGUAAAAAUCAUACUACAUUGAUACAUUGGUCUAUCCCUAGUUAUGUCA